CUGGAUCUACUCUCUUCCCAAUUCACACACCUCCUCCAUGGAAGUGUCGAAGAUCAAUUGGAAGAUGAUUGCCAAAGUAAUUGGCAAGUGAAGUAUCUGACGCAUAUUCUGGUCGAACUCACCAACACCGUCAUGGAAGUUACAUACGAUGUUCUUCUCCUUCACCUUCUCCUUCACCCCUUCAUACCUGAAACCCUAUCUGAAUUUUGGGGACCCAGAUCGGUUGGUUUUCUGUUCCUCGGAGAUUACAUUAUCGCUUCUGAUUCCCAUUUUCUUUCUUACUCUUCAACAUUCUCUACAAACCCUAGAAUCCAACGUUGUUCAUCCUGUUGCUUUUGUUCAAUAAAUAUCCUCAAUCCUUCACCAAGUCAAACAUUCUGAGACACUUUUCACAAACCCUAAAUACCUACACCAAGCAUUUGUGUCUUCUUCGAUUCAUUUGCUUUUUAUUCGAUUCAUCAUUCAGUUAUUUAAGGGUUUUGCUAUCCCUCUUCAAUCUGUUACCGCCAGAAGCUUUUUUUUUCCGUGGAGCCAUGGCGAUUCUGCUGGUUCAUGUUGUAACUGGCAAGUCAUCAUUUAACAUGUUACACAUGGAUCUCUGCAUUUUUCUUUGAGUGGUGGUUGGUUCGUUGAAUCAGGAAGAUUCAGCUUUUCAUGGGCGGCAAAACCAAACCCCAAAUCUCAUUUUAAAUUUCAACUCACAAAAAGACCACUACACACCACGACUCAAAUUCUCAAAACCAGUCAUUCAAGAUCUGCUUUAUGUGCUCAACUUCUAGAGAGAGAAACCGAUGAACGAGAAGUUGAUACAGCGGCUGGAAUCCGCCGUAGCACGGCUGGAAUCACUAUGUCUUCCUUCGUUCUUCCGAUCCAACAACCAUCAGUUUAUAGUGAAUCAAGUCUGCAGAUUUGGGAUGAUGUCAUGGGCUGUUCUUGCUGUCACCUAUUGCAUAAAGCAGUAUGAAACAAACGGCAAAGUAGCAGACUCCAUGCUUGUAAAUACCGUGUUGAUGUUGGUUUACGUUACAAAAUUCUUUUGGUGGGAAGCUGGGUGCUGGAACACAAUGGAUAUUGCACAUGAUCGAGCUGGAUUUUAUAUCUGUUGGGGAUGUUUGGUUUGGGUUCCUUCUAUAUAUACUUCCCCUGGCAUGUACCUUGUCAACCAUCCUGUUAGUCUCGGACCGCAGCUAGCAAUAUCCAUCCUAAUAGCAGGCAUUCUGUGCAUAUACAUCAAUUAUGACUGUGACCGACAACGGCAAGAAUUCCGUAGAACAAAUGGGAAGUCAUUGGUUUGGGGGGAAGCUCCAAGGAAGCUUAUGAAACCAGAUAUCUUUGAGUUUAUUGAGAAGAAUAACUUGCAGAAAUGAUAACCGCAAGAGUAGAAGAGACCUUCAACAGCAAGUCUUUGUUCAAUGGUCAUGUGCAACUGUUGCAAUGGGUCAAGCUGAUUGAUGCUGCUGAAGCAAGUGUGUUGUCCGGCUCACCUAUACCCGCCUUUUUAUACUUUAAUUUUCCUUAAGUAAAUGAUGUUUUUUUAAUCUUUUAAUUAUGAAUAUUUACUUUUACAUUGUUGCCACGUGUAUGUGUGUUUGUAGGAUGUGGUCAAAUGGGUUAACUAUGUGUUUAAAUGGUAAAGCGGUUUGGGAAUGGCAAUGGAAGCGCAUGGCCACAUUGGAAAAUGACUCAUCGGCUUACAAAUAUGUUAAUCCAACAGUAAAUAAAGGACAAAGAAGAUAGGUUGUAUGGGAUGGAGGUGGAGGCACAAGAGAGUUCUCAUAUGGGAUAAUGCAUCUAUAUUCUUGUGUUUAUAUUCUACCUUAAAAAAGAGUACAUAUACACACCAUAUGUUAUUUUUUUUUAAACUUGAUGGCCUAACUUAUUGACUGUCCUAUGCUUUAAAAGGUGUGAGCGGUUUCAGAAAGCUUAUAUGUGAGGAUAGAGUAUUUCACGUAUGUGAGACGUUUGUAUUUAUAAAACUAAUGGUUUCUCUA